AUGGCCUUUGUUCAUCGAGGAGAAUCUGGCAAGAUGGUGCUGGCUGACGGGCCCGAAGUUGACGCGAUUAUGGUGGCAGCCAACGAAUUUGAGCAACUUCCUGUGGAUUUCCUGGAAGACGUCUUCGAGGUUACGGCCAAGAAUGCAUUGACUGAAUCUGGCGACGAAAAGCAGGCGCCACUUGUAAAGGCUGGAGACAAUUUUGCGGCGCUUUGCCAAGAUUAUAUCACCGUGCACGCCAGAUACGACCGAGCUGCCGAGGUGGGGCUUUGGAAUCUGGCCGAGCUGCUCUUCAAGCCAAACGACAUGGACCAAUCACUAUAUGACUGGGAUCGUGAGCGUUCGUACCAGCUGGAUUUGUGGCUGUGUAAAAUGCUGGAAUUUGAACAACCGGUGACGCUCUGGGACUACGUAACGCAAGGAAAAGUCGACAUGCUGGUCGAAUCACCAGAAUUCUCACGAUUUACCGUCGUACUGUUCCUGCAGUUGAGCAACGACAUCGUGGUGCGCAAGAAGGCCCAGAAGCAGAUCGCUCAUUGGCGUGAAAGACAACAGUUGGAGCUCAUCGAAGAGAACGAGCUCAAAGUGUAUAUGGCCCUCGGACUCCAAGUGCGUUACCUUGGCGCUGAACUGGAGCCCAUCUCCGAGUCGGUCCAGCGGCUAUUGAAAGACAGCGAGGACGGGCAUUUCACGUUGCCCAGCAAAGAGGUCGCCUGGGAAUUGAUCCGGUUCGGUUGCCAUGAACAAAAUCGCGCCCUUGACGUCACCGUACGGGCAACAAUUCCCAGCCGCAGAGUGUCGAAUUAUUAUCUUGGCUGGCACCUCUGGACGGUCGUUCGAACAUCCGGUGAUUGGCGAAUGAAGCGCUCCUAUGAAGACGAGCUGACGGUGGAUUACGCCGAGCAACUCGCCAGCUAUGGAGCCCUUCAUCUGGCCGUUUUCGUCCUCUGCCACAUAACUGAUUCGGCUAGCCGUGAAUCCGCCGUCCGUUCUCUGCUCGAGCGCAACGCAAUGAGGCUGAACGAGCGAAUCGUGGGCAGGCUGUGUCGAUACGUGAAUAUCCCAUCCACAUGGAUUCACUCGGCACUUGCCCUCCAGGCUAAGCAGAAGGGCCGAUCAGCCUCGUAUUUCGAGCAUCUGGUGCACGCCGAGGAGUGGAUCGACGCCGAGCACGUUUACACCGAAAAGUUGGCGCCGAUGGCCAUUGAAUUGGAUGACUACAACGCCCUUCGACGGUUCACCAGUCUGCUGCUCUCGAACAAGACACCGCAAAAGGCUCACAUCCCCGUCACGUCGUUGUACUCUGAAUACUGCCGUCUGUACGAGCUGAUCUCCUCCCACGGCGCCGCCCGAACCCCCGAGGUGGAACAACUCUGCGACUCGAUCGAUGCCCGUCUCGACAAUGAGGAGCAGUUGUCACCAUUGCAGAGCUCGGCCCGGUCGAUGAUUGGGCUGACGAUGAUGCGACUGCGGCGGCGGAUCGGGGCUCAGCCCUGGGUGGACGGCGGUGAGCUGGGCAAGCGGUGCUACCGUCUCGGAAUCUCCAUCAUCGAUAUGGCCAUGUGCGACCGCGGCGGCCCGUCGAUCCUC